AUAACUUUAAAAGGAGAACAGGAAUUGAUACCAUGGUGAGGAGGAGUGGAGAGGCUUCUACAGCAUCAGGUCCCUUCUCCAACAACGUCAACGGAAUGAAUGAAGAGAUGGCUCUCGCCAGCAACACUGAGAGCAGCGCCGAGCAGCCUGCACAGAAACGGCGGAAAGUUGAUGUGGACCCUGGUAAAAGGAAGCAGGCGGUCGGCAUGGUUGGGACACGCCAGCAUCCAGCAGCUGCAUCUCAACGGGGUGCAACACCCGCAGCAGGUAAAACGGGCUCACGACUGCCAACUUGGGAUCUAAAGGGCAGAGUGAGCGACAUGAAGAACGAGGUCCAAGCCUAUUGGAACCGCCUGAAAACAACCGCUCAGGAGAACGAGAACCUGAAAGACUCGUUGGCCAGAGCUCAGGAGCGGGAGCAGAAGUUGGAUGAAGAGGUCCACACGUUGAAAUGA